GCGGGACUAGAAGUCGACCUUAUCGGCUACGCAGGGUCGCAGGUGCACCCCUCGGUGGCGGAGCAUCCGCGCAUUCACCUGCGCCUGCUGGGCAUGCCCUUCCCCAGCGGCCUCUCGCGCCCGCUCUACCUGCUGCUGCUGCCCAUAAAGCUCAUCGCCCAAGUGCUCUGCUUCCUCUGGGUGCUCUGCGUCGCCACGCCUCCCCCCGAUUUCUACCUUCUCCAGAACCCACCCACCAUCCCCACCUUCACAGUGGUGCGCUUCGCUGGGCUAGUGCGGCGGGCCUCAUUCGUCAUCGACUGGCACAACUUCGGAUUCACUCUCUUUGGCCUACGUUUCGGCCCCGCACACCCCCUCGUGAAGAUCCACAAGUGGUACGAGACCACCAUAGCACGCCAAGCAGCGGCACACAUAUGUGUGACUCGAGCCAUGCAGCAGGAGCUGGCAAACAACUGGGAUAUACGAGCCACUGUUCUGUACGACCGCCCGCCUGCCUUCUUCCGACCCAGCACCUUAGAGGAGAUGAGAGAGGUUCUGGGGCGCAUCGACCAAUCACUGCUCAACAGCUGUUUCUCCCCACCCGCACCCAUUCCCUCCGCGGUGACUUUUGAGUCGACUCAAAAGUCAUGCGGGGGAAUGGUAUGGAAGUUCCCUCCGCAUGCCCCCCCGGAUCUCAGGACUGCAGACGAGGAUUUUGACGUGUUGAUCGAAGCAGCGCUCAUGACUGCAGACGAGGAUUUUGACGUGUUGCUCGAAGCAGCGCUCAUGUAUGACCGGCGCGUGGCAGCAAUGGCAGGCGAGGGGGAGUUUGGAGGAGAGGGAGGAGGCGAGGGGGAACGAGGUGCUGCUGGUGGCGUUCCUCUGCUGGAUUCCAAAAAAGCCGAUGGGAUAUCAGCGUCGGCAGUGGCAGCAGAAGCAGCAACAGCAGCAGCAGCAGCAGCAGGGGCAGCAGGAGUGGGAGGAGAUUCGUCUAGUGCAGGGUCAAGAAAAGAAGGGGAAGGAGAGGGCGAGCGGGGAGGGGCGGUGACGACAGGAGCAGCAGGAGUGGGAGCAAGUGGAGGGAGGUUGAAAUCUGGAGCCAAGUUUCCCACCCUGGCGUUUAUUGUCACGGGCAAAGGAGCCCUCCGAUCGCACUACGAAGCAAAGAUGCGACGGCUCAGAUUGCGCCACGUGUCGUUCCGAACCGCAUGGCUUGCUCCGGAGGAUUACCCGAGGCUGCUAGGCUCGGCGGACCUGGGCGUGUCCCUCCAUACCUCGUCCUCAGGCUUGGAUCUGCCUAUGAAAGUGGUGGACAUGUUUGGGUGCGGCCUUCCCGUCUGCGCCAUCUCCUAUUCCUGCAUCCACGAGCUAGUCAAGGGCGGCACCAACGGCCUCCUCUUCUCAGACUCCUCAGCGCUCGCCUUCCCCAUCCUCUUUGUCAUAUCCAUCUCCUUUUCCCCCUUGUCUGUCCAACCAGCAUCAACGAGCUACAUUCACGAGCUAGUAAAGGACGGCACCAACGGCCUUCUCUUCUCAGACUCCUCAGAGCUCGCCUCGCAACUUAUUGACAUCUUCUGCGGCUUUCCAGAAGGUUCUGCUGCUCUCAAGGCCCACUCCCCUGCCACUACCACCACCUAUUCCUCCACCUUGGCUUCCUCUUCCUCCUCGGGUGCCUUAUCCACACCUCCCAUGUCACCCACAUCUCCUUCAUCCACUCCCUCCUCCGUUACUCUGCUUCAGAAGCUAAGGUCAGGUGCACUUGCAACAGGGGCUGCUGGUAAAUGGGCCGAUGAAUGGAGCGUGAACGUGCUUCCCUUGGUGGAGAGAUUAUCCGGGGGUGAUUUAAGAGGUGUAAUGAGGUGA